AUGAAUAUUGAGCGGCCCCUGUUGUAUUUCCCGAGCUCCAUUGCGGAAGCCGAGGCUCGCCAUAUUGUGCAGCGGCGCCGGCGGCUUGUGCCCGAGUCUCGCUCCGGACGCGGCCCGCGGAGCCCCGGGUUGGGGCAGGAGCCGGUGAGGCGAGGGACGCGCGGGGAGGCGAGGGGGCGCGGGCGCGGCGGGCUCGGCCGUGCGACAGCUCGGCGGGGCUGCGGGCCGCGGACGGCCGCGCCGGGGCCGGAGCUGAGGGGGGGCGGGGUCUUGGCGGGGGUGGGAGUCCGGCUUGAGGAGGACCCCCCCCCCCCGUGGGCAAAGCUCGGGGAUUCCUUCCUUCGUGCGAGCCGCUCGCGCUGCGCUGAGGCCGGGGCUGCGCUGCGGCGCCCCGUCGCCUCCCCGGGCCGGGGGGGGCCCCUAGCCUCUCCGCGGCCCCUCCGGAGACGAACCGCGUGGAAUGCAGGAUUUUACCCCCUUGGUCUUUCCCCCUCGCGGCCCGGGGGCGGCGGGGAGACCCCUCCUGGUGAAAGCAUUCCUGGAGUGCCGCCUGCCUGCUGGGAGUAUCUGUUGCUGCGCUCUCAAACCCGCGAGGGUGCCCCGGAGGAGUCGUGGGGGGAGGGGGCGUCUGGGUUUGUUCCUGAGGGAAGCUUCGCAUUUUUGAACCCCGUCGUGUACGCCGAGGGCUUUGGCCCCGAGUAUCCCCGGGGAGCCCUCGUCCGGGUUGUCAGGAUCGUUUCCCUCCUAGGGAAGUCGUCUCCCUGCGCUCAGAGCUACUAUUAG